GUACGGUACUCCGUGCUCCGCGCGUAAACGGCCAUCGAAGGCUCGUUCGUUCGUUGGCUUCGGCAUGCGCAUCACCUGUACAAUUAUCGCAACACCAUGGCAUCUAGAUUCUCAGCUGCGCGUCCAAAACGGGCCGGAGAGGUCUUUGCGCGCGUGCAUCACGGCGAAGACCGCGACGAGGAUGGCCCCACGUCGAAGAAAGUGAAGUUCGAUCUCCGCAACCCAUCAGCACUAGCGCCAAGCGCGGGGGACGACGAGGACGAGAACGACGACGUCCUCCGCGCAGACGUCAUUGGCAGAUCCGGGCGGGCAACGAAGCGCGGCGCGGUGAACAUUGAGGGCUACGAUUCGGAUUCCGAAAAUGAGAACUUCAACGCCAGGGCCGAGGCGAGGGGCAAGAAGGGCCGAGAAGCUGAGGAUGUCGACUUGGCCGAGGUGAUGGACAAUUACAACUCCAAGACCACCGUUGGCGGCGGCGCAGGCGGCGUUGAAGACGAAGAAGUGGACAUGUUUGGGGACUUCGAUGCCGGCGAAAACACACCUGCCGACAGCAGCAAGUCAGGAAAGAAGGACAAGGAUGUCCGAUUCCUCGAAGACAAGGAUAUUGAAGGACAAGAAAGCACCAGCAAGAGCCGCAGCGCGAUACGGCUAGACGACAAGGAAGAGAGCGAUGACGACGACGAUGACGACGAAGAAGCCGUCGCCGCCGCCAUCGCUGAAGAGGGCGUGGACGAGGAAGUCGGCUUGGGUGGCCUCAAGAAGCACGCGCCCAAGAUCGACGCCUUCAAUAUGCGGGCGGAGCAGGAAGAAGGCGCGUUCGACGAGGCCGGCAACUACAUCCGCAAGGCGAUCGAUGCCGACGCCGUGCACGACCGCUGGCUGGAGGGCAUCAGCAAGAAGGAGAUGAAAAAGGCCGCGGCAGCACACGAGAAGCGAGAAGCCGAGCUUCGCAGGCGGCAACGGGAAGAUGACAGCAUACUGACGGCCGAUCUGCUGAAGUCGCUUAUUCUCAGGCUGGAACCGGGCGAGACGGCGCUUGAUGCGCUGGCGAGGCUUAGAAAGGGCCAGACAAAGCCCAAGCACAAAAAUGUGCCCAAGUGGAAGCAAAAGAAGGCCAAGAACGGCAACAGCAGCGGGGAUGCCAUGGAUAUCGAUGCGGAAAAGGAACCUGAAGAUCCAAAACAGACAAAAAUCAAGGAGGCUAUCGAUGCCAUUGCCGACGCCGCAGACAAACUGAUGCAGAGAGACUUCCCCAACAUAUACGAUUUCGAACGGGAGCGCCUCAUUAGGGAGUAUCGCAACGAGACCGGCGAAGCCUGGGUUGAACCUCCUGAGCCGGAUGAGGACGGGGAGGAGGGCGGAACAAGGGAGGGGAAAAUGUGGGAGUUCCGCUGGACUGACGGACGCGACGGCGGCACGAAGCAAGGCCCGUUUGACGGGCCGACGAUGAAGGCGUGGCAGGAUGCCGGCUACUUUGGCGAGGGCGUCGAGUUCCGACGGGCUGGGGAGGAGGGCGGAUGGACGAGGGUUGCGACUUUUGUGUAGAGCAAGAACACCGCCCCAGGUUGCAUCAUGAUGGCUUUAGCAAGGACAAGGUGGCGCGGGUUCGCCAACCGCGAGUCUCUUGCCGCAUCUAUAUGGAAGCAGAACU